GGUAGUUGUAUUGUCACGCUGCAGACGAGCAUAAAUUACAUCCAGCUAGCUUGAUUACACAGAUAUGACUUCAUGUUUACUCUAGUUUAAUGUUAUAUUAAUAUCCAAAAUCACAGAGUCACAGUAAGUUUUGUUUAGCGCCUGAUUUUUGUUUAUUCUUCCUAAACUUGCCGCUGUUUGAAUGGCAGAGGAGAUGUCAUCCUGGACACAUGGAGCUGGAGUCUUCCUGGAGCUGAGGAAAAGGCUUCAGAGUGGACUUCUUAUUGUCAGGAAAGAUGUGGCUGGAAGUCCUCCUGAUGUGGUUGUGUCAGGCGGAGAUUCUUCUCUAAACGUCCGGACUCCCAGAGGUGAGCUGAGCCUGACUUUGCCAGCAGGUGUCAACUUGGAGCAGGGAUCCUGCAUUCAGACGCCUGCGGGGGAAUCCAGUGAAGACGAGCUGCACUUCAGGCUGCGUAUAAAUAUUGGGCGAGGCACAGCUGAAGAGGCUUCUGACAGCGGGAUGGAGACGCUCCGGCCUAAAGAGACUUAUUGCUUCUGCUGCCAGGGCUGCAUGAGCAGGCUGCUGGAGGACAGAGUGUUUAAACGAGUUCUUCCUCUCCCUAAUGGAAACUGGAACGCCAUCGUGGACGACUGGUGCUGCCACCCGGAUCCGUUCGCUAACAGGAAGCUGCUGCCCCGAGCAGAGGACUGUUUACUGGGUGACACCUUCGUCCUCCUCGUCCGAGAUGGCAGCUGUGAACAGACUCUGACCGAGGAAGUGAGUCCUGUUGGCACAGAGGACAGACAAGAUCCAAAGAAAACCUGCCGCCGACUGGCACUCGUCUCCUGUGCGAGUUGUUCUUCAGUGCUGGGAGAGGCUGUCACAAAAGAGACCCUGAAACUGUACAUCACACAGGUGGUGGUGGAGCCUGCCAUGGGAGACAGAAAACCAGAAGCUUCACUCAGCAGAUCUCUCUUCCUGGAGAGGACAGUAGCAGCCAGACUGCUGGAGCUGUCCAACUCACUGAGCACCUUCCACUUCUCAGUUCAGACUCCUGAUGGAAAAAACUUCUUACUGCUCUGGCUGCUGAACAGCGACUCCAUCACUGUGUCGGUCCCAGAGGCGUGUUUGGGGGUUGAGAGGUCCAUCAGCUCCCCGGCUCUUCACAGUCCAUCACCCAGAGCUGCCAGAGCCCUGAAACUUCUCUACGUCUCCUGCUCCGAUGCAGGCCUCCAGCAGAGAGAGGUUGUUGCUAGCUGGGAGGUCAAUGCCUUAGGACAUCCUGUGGUGCUGCCGCUGACGGUGUGUGAGGAGCUGCUGCAGGUGAUAGAUGACAGCAACGCCACGCUCCCUGCGUCCAUGCGUUGCAUGACGUCCUAUGAGGUGGCGUAUCUGAGGCUGUGAGGUCACAGCAGAGAAUCCAGGCGCUCAACUCCAUCCGUCGCUUUUUAUAAGGAAUCAGAGAGCACCUGGGACAGCUGAGAGCGGAGCCUCUGAACAUGUACAUGCACUGUUUCUGUAAGUUAAGGUACCAUCCUGCACAGAUUAGUAUGAGAAUGGAGUUUAACUGCAGAGGAAAUGCAGCGAGCGUGUGAGAGCUUGUCCAGCAUGUCAAGUCGUAGUUUCUGGUUGUCUGUUAAAAUGUUUGGUGGUGUGUCAUCACUUGCAAACAGAUUUGUGUUGAAACAGGAUGCUGCCAGGUUACGAAAGAUCCAGUAGAUGUAAAAUAAGAACACUGGAGCUCUUUUCUCAUGGAAUAGGUUUCUUUUUCGUUAAUAUUUUCCCAUGCUUGUAUAAUUAUCCCAAACUGUAUUAGAAUCAUUCAUAAUCCAGUAUCACAAGUGGUAUAUUUGUCCGUUUCUUUUUGUACCUUUUUCAACACAAUUAAACAGUUGUGUUUUCUAAAGAA